AUGGUGAGGGACUCAAUGUCAGUGGUGCUGAGGCAAGCAUUGCUGGGGAGAAGGGUGGUGGUUACAGCUACCAUUUCCACUUCCAGGACUCUGGCCAGGUUGUUGAGCACAUCCAUGUGGAGGCUGGCACAGGACCAAAUUCAAGACACGCAAUUUAAAACAGUUGAUGAAAAACUAGAUAUCACUAUGUUAACUGGCCUUCCAGAAGAGUACAUCAGAACUAGAAAAGUUAGGAUCUCUGUUCCUGCUUCCAAUAAUAUGCAGUCUGGGGUGAACAACACGAAGAAAUGGAAAAUGGAGUUUGAUAUCAGGGAGCGAUGGGAAAACCCUUUGAUGGAUUGGACAUCAACAGCUUAUUCCUUGUCCAACAUGGUUCUAACCUCUGGUACCAAAGAAGAUGCAGUUGCCUUUUCAGAAAAAAAGAAAAAUGGAUGGAACUAUGACAUUGACGAAAGGAAAGUUCCCAAAGCUAAGUCUGAAUCUUAA